UAGAAAAAGAAAAGAAUACAAAAAGUAUAUUAUGUAUAAUAGACUUUUUAUACAUUGCAUAAAUUGUGAGGAGAGAAAGCUUUUAGAAAAAACUUAAUAUAGUAUCUCAUCAGUACUGAUUUCAUAUAUAAUAUUAACAAGGCGUUAAUAAUAGUAGUCUCUCCUUACAAACUGCCGAAUUGGAUGCCUAUCCAUUCAAACCAAAACGGAUUCCACAAUAUUAGUUAUUAAAACAAUAAUCACUACGUACUUUCAAUCAUUAGAAGAAAGAACCAAAAAAAAAAAAACAAAACAAAACAAAAAAAAUGGAGUAUUACCUUAAUACUUUCUUUCUCCUCUUCUUGGUCACCAUUCUUCUCUCCAAUCCACCACAGCCCACCAUCGCAGCCGAUAACAACGAACCCGAAACUGGCAUCAGAGGCGAGAAACUUAUCCCUACGGCUUGCCGACAUGCGGUCAAAAAAGGUUUCUGCAAUGCAAUGCUUCAAUCCGAUCCCUACGCCCACGACGCUGACCUACACGGCUUUGGGCUUAUCGCUCUCCGACAAGCUGCGUCGAACGCUUCUGAUCUCUCUGAGUACGUUAAGACGUUGUUAAACGAUCCCAAACUCAACCCUGAAGUCCAGGACGGCGCAGCCGAAUGCCUCGAAAUGUACCUCGACGCAGCGGAGCAACUCGAUGAUUCCGUCGCCGCCCUGGAGGCCAAAGCUUAUAAAGACAUCAACACUUGGGUCAACGUCGCAGUCACCGACUCUAAGUCAUGUGACGACGCACUUACCGGACACGAGUCUGUGUUGGGAGAGAAGAACGAAGUAUUUCGUUGGCUCUGCGAGAACGCUUUGGCUAUCAAUAAGGUGUUGGUCGAGGGAAAAAAUUAAAAAAUCGAUUGAUGUGUGCGUUUUCGUUUGUGCAAACGGGUUGUCGUUUAAUUAAUAUCUUCGAUCAACGAUCAACGUAGUGUUUAGCUCUUACAUUAAAAAGUGGCUAAAUUAUGUUUGGUUGGUUUGAUGUAUAUGAAUAUGUGAUUCAUAGUGUUUUCUGGAUAUCGAUCG